CUCACGGAGUUUGAAGCCUGACUGGACGAAGACCUGAAAGGAAAGCUCUUCUAAGGCUAUCUCUGUCUCUCGGGCCUCCUGUGCAAGUCCGAGGAUGACAGCUGCUCGAUCCGAAGAUUACGUUGCGACACGUUGCGCGAUAUGGCUGGCAACGUACUAAAACCCUAGACUCCUCCAUUCUACGACCGCUCUCCAAUAGCAAGUUAGCAAACAGCGGGUUAUCCACUCACCUUGCGACCUCGUGAAGGGCGUUACACUUUGAUACGCCUAUUCGAAAGUCGCAAUUCCCGACCAUGAUUGGCAGUGACGCCCUCCUGUUCUCCGUUUUCGCCUCCGUUAUCGCAUCGCUAGGGUGGCUAUUGGGCCGCAGACAGCGCACUCCAUAUCCCCUACCUCCAGGCCCGCCUGGAGAGCCCAUACUUGGACACCUACGCAUCGUGCCUACUCUGUCUCCCGAGUAUCGCUAUAUGGAGUGGUCCAACGAAUACGGUACAAGGGACGAACUCUAAGUCCCGAUAUGUGACCUGACUUCUGUUUAGAAUCGGACGUCUUGUACUUGAGAAUGUUCACUCGGGACUUCGUAGUCUUGAACAGUCGUCAAGCGGCAACAAACCUACUCGACAAACGCGGAGCCAACUAUUGCGAUCGCCCCGACUUCGUCCUCUUCAACAUGUCGGUUCCCUUUCCUACGAACAACCGAGACUGACCUCCAGCGACAGCAUGGGCUUCCGCGCCACCCUCACCUUCCUCCGCUGGUCCCCGCGCUUCCGCAUGCAUCGCCG